AUGUCUGCACAAUCUUCUCAAACUGACGCACCCCUAUACGAGGAAGACCUCGUGAAAGUGCACGCCCUCGUUACGCCCCUGGUCGAACUCGCUCUAAAGGCAGCUGAGGAAGCCCCGCUCCAGGGCUACGGGCACGACAUGACCCUCGACAUGAUCAAGUACGACCGUUCGAAGUUGACCUUCAUGUUCAGCCAGGUCAAGAUCACCGAGCCAGGGAGAAAGCCCCAAUUUGCUUCAUCCGAUACGAUGACUCUAAGCUUUGCCUAUCCCAGACUGCCUGCCUUGGAAGAGCUGAAGGCAGCUUUCGAAACAAAUGUCAACUAUGCUCUCCGCGCACGGAUAAGAACCAAGCUCAAGACGUUCCGCAGUGGUGACACCGCUUCCUUCACCCUACAAAUGCCACAGUCCCGGCUCGGCUCUGACAGCCGGAAAGAUACGCCAGGACGUGUCUCGAAAGACCUCAGUAGGGAGACAGUGCAGUCGACAGUACGUCACCACGGCUUCAAUAUUCUGUGGUUGAUCGUGAACAAGUCAACGGACAAAUUGGCUAUCAACGCGCUGAGCAUGGCCUAUCUGACCGACGAGGACACUGGCGGCGCAGUUCAAUACACAAUCGGCUGCAGAAGACGAGGCGCGAGCGCGCUUAGUAGCACCAUCGUGGGUCUCAAGAAUUGCAGCUUGGCCAUGGACACGGACAUCAUGCCGCGGAUGAUUGGCUCCCAGGAUGUUCGCUUCGACUCGAAAGCGGCAGCCAUCGUGCUCGACGAACUAGUCUCUCAGCAGCUGAAAUUGGGGCGUGGAGUACCAGACGAGCGAGUAGUCCUUCGGAUUCCGAUGUAUCUCACUCAAGCAAAUGGGCUGCCAUUUUCCGAGAAAUCAUCGGACGUCGGACCGGAGGCAACCCUCGAGAUGACUGAGGAUCCGGUCGUGCCUGAUACAAUACAGGCGGAAGAGGCACUGUCGGGCGACGACAAAGGCGAGCGUGACGCUUUGGACCGGAUUUUGGAUGGCGAUGAUACCGAUCUUGCGUUGGGUGGAUUUGUGGGAGACUUUGACCCUGCCGAUUUCAAUUCUGCCGAAUGGUCAGCUUGGAUGGGUGGAUUAGAGUAG